AUGUUGGAUCCUUUGACAGCUCUAAUGUAUGUUGUGCAAGUCAUGAACUUUCUCAAGACGCUUGUUGUAAAGACGCUUAAGGACCGGAGAGAGUCUCGAGAUAGGUUGAUUCCAGGUUCAAAUCCGGGUCCUAUGGACGAGAAUGGUGAUCAGAGCAGCAGACAGUUGUUGCAUCUCAUGCAAGCUAACAAUAAGGAAGCUGUAGAUAACUUUGAGGUGGAAAUGCGAGAAAAAGAAGAAUAUGCAAAGAAGUUCUUGGUGUGA